ACGGUUCUAGAUCAAUUAUACUCAGUCGAAAAAGAAGAAAAAACUCAUCAAUUUAAGAGGGAAAGGUCUCCAAAGUAGAUGAAGGCCGCCUCUCUCAAAACAUGGGGGCCCCAGGGCGGCCACUGGAUUAACUCAGAGAGACGCAGCCUACAUGGGAGCGACACAAUGGUCCAUUCUCAUUCAGGAAUAAUCCUCGUCGGUAUUGCCAUCAGUUUCAUAUGACUCGCUGAGAAAAGGCUACAAGCACCUCUCUGAAGAAGGGGUUUCGUCUACAAAUAAAAACAAAUACAAAUGUCAACUAUAAAUGUCCGCGUUACCACCAUGGAUGCCGAGCUGGAGUUCGCCAUCCUGCCCAGCACGACUGGCAAACAGCUCUUCGACCAGAUAGUCAAGACGAUCGGGCUGAGGGAGACCUGGUUCUUCGGCCUCCAGUAUCAGGACAGCAAAGGCUUCUCCACCUGGCUCAAGCUGAACAAGAGGGUGACGGCUCAAGACGUGAAGAGAGACAACCCUUUGUUGAUCAAGUUCAGGGCCAAGUUUUACCCCGAGGAUGUCACGGAUGAGCUGAUCCAGGAGGCGACGCAGCGCCUCUUCUUCCUGCAGAUCAAAGAAUGCAUCCUGAACGACGACAUCUACAGUCCGCCGGAGACGACGGUGCUCCUGGCCUCGUACGCCGUCCAGGUCAAACAAGGAGACUACCGGAAAGACUUUCACGUCUCGGGAUACCUGGCGAGAGAGAAGCUGCUGCCACAGAGGGUUUUGGAGCAGCACAAGCUGAAUAAAAAUCAGUGGGAGGAAAGAAUCCAGGUGUGGCAUCGAGAGCACAAGGGACUGCUGAGAGAAGACGCCAUGGUGGGGUACCUGAAGAUAGCCCAGGAUCUGGAGAUGUACGGGGUCAACUACUUUAACAUCAAGAACAAGAAAGGGUCCGGGCUGUGGCUGGGAGUGGACGCACUGGGGCUGAACAUCUACGACAAGAAGGACAAGAUGACCCCAAAGAUCGGUUUCCCCUGGAGUGAGAUCAGAAACAUUUCCUUCAACGACAAGAAGUUUCUCAUCAAACCGAUCGACAAGAAAGCUCCGGACUUUGUUUUCUACGUCCCGCGUCUUCGCAUCAACAAACGCAUCCUGGCAUUGUGCAUAGGGAACCACGACCUGUACAUGCGCAGACGUAAGCCCGACACCAUCGAGGUGCAGCAGAUGAAGGCCCAGGCCAGGGAGGAGAAGAACAAGAGGCAGAUGGAGAGGGCUCUGCUUGAGAGUGAGAAACGAAAGCGAGAAAACGCCGAGAAGGAAACAGAGAAGAUUGCUCGUGAGACCAUGGAGCUGAUGGAGAGAUUGAGACGGAUUGAAGAGCAGACAAAGAGAGCUCAAGACGAGCUGGAGGAGCAGACUCGCAGGGCUCUUGAGUUGGAGAAGGAGAGGACGAUCGCUCAGGAGGAGGCGGAGCGGCUGGACAAGGACCGCCGAGCUGCAGUGGAGGCGAAAGCCGCCCUGCUGUACCAGUCUGAGCACCAGAUCAAGAACCAGGAAAGUCUGGCCACUGAGCUGGCGGAGCUUACCGCUAAGAUCUCUCAGCUGGAAGACGCCAAGAAGAAAAAGGACGAGGAGGCGAAUAAAUGGCAGGAAAGGGCGGCGGUGGUGGAAGCGGACCUGGAGCGCACCAAAGAGGAGCUGAAGACUCAACUCAAGGACGUCCACAUCCAGGACUCGGUCCACCCCCACAUGCACGAGCACGACGAGACGGACGAGAGCAGCGCCGAGGCCAGCGCCGAGCUGACCUCCCCGGGCUCGGUGCGAGACCGCAGCGAGGAGGAGAGGCUGACCGAGGCCCAGAAGAACCAGCGGCUGCAGAGAAACCUCAAGUUCCUAAGCACUGAGCUGGCUCGAGCCGUAGACGAGAGCAAGAAGACCCCCAAUGACCUGAUCCACGCCGAGAAUGUGAAGGCGGGCCGCGACAAAUACAAGACCCUGCGCCAGAUCCGCCGGGGCAACACCAAGCAACGCAUCGAUGAAUUUGAGUCCAUGUGAGAGGGGCUGCUGACGGCAAGAUGGGGAUAGGUGAUGAAAUAGGAGAGAUUUUAGAAGCAUGUAAUAAGUGCAGAUUAUUGCACAUGAAGAAGAUUAACCUGACGUCACAUUAUACUGUUGCCCAGGCCUUUAAUGUUCAUGAUUGUAAUGUCAUUUCAUCUGGAAAACAUGUUAUAACUGUUUAAAAGAAGAAAACACAUUCAUGUUCCACCUGAAGUGUCAUCCAUGAUGUCAUUUAUGAAAAGGUUUGCAUGUCGUCCUUGUUAAUCAUAUUACAAACACUCGCAAUUCCAAAUGUGUCGACGAAAGAAAAUUGUAUCUCAAGUGUUUCAUGAGAGAGAGAGAGAUGACAUUUAAGAUACUUCCCAUCGAAAACAAAAUGUUUUUAUUGCUAUACACCAGGGGUGUCAAACUCAUUUUCACCGUGGGCCACAUCAGCAUCAUGGCCGCCUCUUAAAUGGCCGGUGUAAAUGAAACAGUGUAUAAACUACUCCCGAACAUAUUGUUAAAUAACUCUCUUUGCAUUUGAUUGUUGUUUAUUCGAGAGUAGAAAUAUUGUACACAAGAAAAUGUUGUCUAAUAUUAUAACACAAAUCCAUUUAAUUUGUAACCUUCAAAAUAAAAACACAGUAUAUAAAGGUGAUCAUGUGUCUUUCAAGCAGGCAGGGGCCAAAUACAAUGACGUGGUGGGCCGCAUUCGGCCCGAGGGCCUUAUGUUUGACACCUGUGCUAUACACAAAUAAAAUACACACGGAAACCAUG